AAGUCACACCUGGUAAUAAAAUAAGUAAUAAUCUCAGUGCACUUUAAACUGAUCACAUCUGAACUUGAAGUAAGAAACAAACUGUGACAAACAGAGCUACAGUCAGAGGAGGAGCUAAAUUGUAAAGACCAGAUUCAACGCCACUUUACUGAAAUGAAACUCAAUUUUUUUCAGAGCGACGGCAGAGCUGCAGUCCUGACAAACCUCUGUGUUUCUGUCUGAAAAAAAAUAUCUGAGUUCAUCUGUUCUUUCUCAACAUUGGACUCAAAUACUGUGUGUAGACAUGUCUGCUGCCAGAUGUCUGAGAUCUAAAGAUCAGUUUCUGUGCUCCAUCUGUCUGGAUGUGUUCACUGAUCCAGUCACUACACCAUGUGGACACAACUUCUGCAAACACUGCAUCACUCAACACUGGGAUACUACUGAUCUGUGUAAGUGUCCCCUGUGUACAGAGAUGUUCCACACUAGACCUCAACUGAAGGUCAACACUUUCAUCUGUGAGAUGGUUGCUGAGUUCAGACAUGAAGCUCAACAGAAAGCCAGCAGCUCAGAGCAACAAGCUGCCAAACCAGGAGAAGUUCCCUGUGACGUCUGCACUGGAACCAAACUGAAGGCCCUGAAGUCCUGCCUGGUGUGUCUGCUCUCCUACUGUGACUCUCACCUGGAGCCUCAUCUGACAAUGUCAGGCCUGAAAAGACAUCAGCUGAUCCACCCUGUGGACAACCUGGAAGACAGGAUAUGUAGGAAGCACGAUAAACCUUUGGAGCUAUUCUGUAAGACCGACCAGACAUGUGUCUGCCUGCUUUGCCCUGUUUUAGACCACAAGACACAUGAGUUUGUUCCUCUGAAAGAAGAAUAUGAAGGAAAGAAGGCAGAGCUGGGAAAGACAGAGGAUGAAAUUCAGCAGAUGAUCCAGAAGAGACGACUGAAGAUUGAGGAGAUGAAAGAGUCAGUGAAGAUGAGUAAAGAUGCUGCAGACAGAGAGAAAGCAGAAGGUGUUCAGGUCUUCACUGCUCUGAAGGAGUCUGUUGAGAGAGGCCUGGACCAGCUCAUAAAGGAGAUUGAAGACAAACAGAAAACAACACAGAAACAGGCUGAAGGUUUCAUCAAAGAUCUGGAACAGGAAGUUUCUGAGCUGAUGAAGAGGAGCUCUGAGGUAAAGCAGCUCUCACGCUCUGAAGACCACCUCCACCUCCUCCAAAGCUUCUCCUCCCUGAAAGCUGCUCCACCCACCAGGGACUGGACAGAGGUCAGGGUCCGUCCACCAUCAUAUGAGGGGACUGUGAUGAGAGUUGUGACUCAGCUGGAGGAGACGCUCAGUAAAGACAAGAAGAAGCUUCUUGAGGCUGAGCUGAAGAGGGUCCAGCAGUAUGCAGUGGAUGUCACUCUAGAUCCUGCUACAGCAAAUUCUCACCUCAUCCUGUCUGAUGAUGGAAAACAAGUUUACUGUGGUGACGUGAGGAACAAUCUUCCAGACAACCCAGAGAGAUUUUCUAGAUGUCCAUGUGUUUUAGGAACGAAGAGUUUCGCUUCAGGCAGAUUUUACUUUCAGGUUCAGGUUAAAGCAAAGACUGAAUGGGAUCUAGGAGUGGCCAGAGAGUCAAUUAACAGAAAGGGAAUCAUCACACUGAGACCUCAUGGUGGUUACUGGACUGUAUGUUUGAAAAAUGGAAAUGAAUACAAAGCCUGUGCUGGUCCUCCAGUGCGUCUCUCUCUUCAUUCUCGUCCUGAAAAGGUGGGGGUGUUUGUGGAUUAUGAGGAGGGUCUGGUCUCCUUUCAUGAUGUAGAUACUGCGGCUCUUAUCUACUCCUUCACUGGCUGCUCCUUCAAUGACAAACUUUACCCAUACUUCAGCCCCUGUAAUAACAUUUGGGGUAAUAACUCUGCACCUCUGAUCAUCUGUCCUGUCAAUCAAACUGUCUGAUCCAUUUAAUGAUGUAACUUUGAGAUCAAUGAAUGAACUUAUUGAUCUUCACUCUUUAUCCACACUCUGUACAUAUAUGCUUUAAUACUACAAUACUGGUACAGCUGGUAACACAAAGAUAGCAAUGGAUUAGAGAGAUACGGUACAAACUCAUUAUUCUGGAAUGAAAUGAUUUCAUUGUUAAUUAUGAUAAAAAUGUUCAUAUCAACUUGUUUUCUUUCAUUAAUGUUCUCAUUCCUUCAUUCAUCAGUUUAGAUUUAAUUUUUGUUGGACUUUUACCUUUUACUUGUUUUAAUGUUUUUACUCUCUUGAUUCAUUAAACUCUUGUGUGGAAUUUUUGAUAAUUAUAAAAUGAGCUUCAAUUAAAGUCCUAGAGCUGUGAACAAGAUCGUGUCUGUGUCAUCAGGAGAGUUUGUUGAAGACAAGAAUCUCAAACUAUUCUCCUAUUGUUAUAUAACACAAACCCCUCUGACACUAUUAGACAAGAUUCCACAGUGUUACACAUGAUUGUACUACACAAAUAUAGAAGUUUAUAGGAGAAAUGAAAUGAGUGAUGUAACUUUAGACUGAAUGUGGGAUUGACCCAGAGCUGUAAAAGACUGUAACAUGAAGAUGAGUUCCUGCAGAUUGAAAUAAAGUCACACUGUAAAAGAAAAGAUGGACCAAACACAAGUCCUCUUGUUCUAUGUUUGUUAGAAUAAUAAUCACAUGUAAACCUGAAGGAGAAACAGAUCUUAUCAAGGAGAGUUGAAGAUAUAUAAAUUAAAUAGCACAAAAGUAAUUCAAAUUAAAUUCCACUCCACCAAACAAGCAGACCGGACACCGAGGGCAGAGGUCACUGCUGUAGUGUUGUUAAAAUCAGGACCAGCCACAUUUACAGUCGUCCUUAGUGUGGUGGGAGCAGUGGAGAUCAGGACAUGUGUGAGACCUGCUAAGGAUCUGUCCUGAAUGUCCAGCUGGGCCCCAUGAAUCAGAGGUUCCUUCAGCAGCCAGUGUAGGGACAUAGUGGGCUCCAGUCUCUUCUAUAAAAACAGUCUCCAGGUUUUAAAAAAGCUCUGAUAAAAGGCAGACAGGUUCAAAAAGUUUAAACAGUCAGUGUCAUUAAAACAGGGGAUAAUCCAGUCCAAGUC